AUGAGUGAAGAAACUCAAGCUAAGGCUACAGAGCCUCAGCCUGAUGAUUCUGUACUUCCACAGCAAAGUUUAGAAGCAAGUGCAGAGGAGGUGAAAGAAAAUCAAGAGCACAGUGUUCUUCAAGGGACUGAGGAGAACAGUAGAAAGAGACCACUUGAUGAAGACAAGACAAUAGAAACCUCUUCUUCCUCUAAGCAAGAGAGUGAAGAAACUUCUGAUGGAAAAGAAACUUCAAAACCUGAAGGUGAACUAGUCGGAGGUGAAGAGGACACUGGAAAUGAAAAUGCUGGUGGCAACGAGAAUGAAGAUGACCGGGAGGAAGAAGAAAAUGAAGACGAAGACGAUGAUGAGGAUGAUGAGGAAGAAGACGAUGACGAUGAAUCAGGUCCCAGAAAGAAGCAACGUCGGGAGCGCAAUCGAUUCUUGGAUAUUGAAGCAGAAGUCAGUGACGAUGACGAAGAAGACGAAGACGAAGAAGACUCCGAAUUGGUACGUGAAGGUUUCAUUACCAGAGGUGAUGAAGAUGAUGAGGACAUUACUGGGCCAAAUAGAGAUGAUAGGCUUCACCGCCAGCUUGAUCAAAAUUUGCAGAAAACUUCCGAAGAAGAUGCGCAGAAGCUUGCAAAAGAAUUAAGAGAACGUUACGGUAGGAGCAGCUCCAAGCAAUAUCGAGCAGCUGCUCAGGACGGCUACGUUCCCCAAAGAUUUUUACUUCCUAGUGUGGAUACUGCUACAGUUUGGGGUGUACGUUGCAGACCCGGCAAAGAGAAGGAGUUAGUCAGGAAGCUACUGAAAAAGAAGUUCAACUUGGACAAGUCUAUGGGAAAGAAAAAACUAAAAAUUCUGUCCAUCUUUCAGAGAGAUAAUUAUUCAGGAAGAAUUUACAUCGAAGCUCCAAAACAGUCCGUCAUCGAAAAGUUUACCAACGGUGUACCUGAUAUUUACAUAUCACAAAAACUUCUUAUCCCAGUUCAAGAACUACCAUUGCUAUUGAAGCCAGACAAAUCUGAUGAUGUAAGGCUAGAAGAGGGUAGUUAUGUUCGUAUCAAGCGUGGUAUUUAUAAGGGCGACUUGGCAGUGAUUGACCAAAUAAGUGAAAAUAACUUAGAAGUACUUUUGAAGGUUGUUCCACGUUUGGAUUAUGGUAAAUUUGAUGAAAUUGAUGCAGAAACAAACACCCGUAAACAGAGAAGACCAACUUUUGCUCAAAGGCCGCCACCUCAGUUAUUUAAUCCUACAAUGGCCUUAAGAAUGGACCAAGCUAAUCUUUAUAAGAGAGACGACAGACAUUUCACUUACAGAAAUGAGGACUAUGUUGAUGGUUACCUAUACAAGUCCUUCAGAAUUCAAUAUUUGGAAACUAAGAAUAUCCAGCCUACAGUGGAAGAAUUGGCACGCUUCGGCAGUAAGGAAGGUGCUUUAGAUUUAACAACUAUCUCUCAAACAAUUCGGAAGGCUCAAGCUGCAAGGGUUACAUUUCAACCUGGUGACCGUGUCGAGAUUCUAAACGGUGAGCAACGUGGAUCUAAGGGUAUUGUUGUUAGAACUUCCACCGAUAUUAUCAGUGUCAAAUUGCCGCAGCUGGCUAUGAAGGACUUGGAAUUUCCUAUUUCUUCCUUGAGAAAGAUUUUUGAACCUGGUGACCACGUUACUGUAGUUGGUGGUGAAAACCAAGGUGAUGCAGGUUUAGUUCUGGCAGUGAAAAACGGUCAAGUCACAUUUGUCUCCGACCAAACCAGGGCUAACUUGACUAUCUCUGCUAAUAACUUGAGUAAGUCUAUGGAUUCUACGCCCACAUCCAGUGAAUACGCUCUACAUGAUAUUGUCGAACUGAGUGCUAAAAACGUAGCAUGUGUUAUCCAAGCUGGUCAUGAUAUCUUUAAAGUCUUGGACGAUAAUGGUAAGGUAUCGACUAUAACGAAAGGUUCUAUUUUGAGGAAAAUUAAUACAGCACGCUCCAGGGUAACAACUGUGGACAGUUCAGGAAGAGAAAUAAAAAUUGGUGACACUGUCGUCGAAAAAGUCGGUGCUCGAAGAGAGGGCCAAGUUCUCUACAUUCAAACACAGCAAAUAUUCAUAGUUUCAAAAAAGAUCACAGAAAAUGCAGGUGUGUUUGUGGUAAAUCCAAUGAACGUUGAAGCAGUAGCAUCUAAAGACAAUACAUUAUCUGGUCUGAAUACUCUAGAUUUAACGAAGAUGAAUCCAGACGUGGUGUCCAAGAUGCGUCCUCCUCAACCAAUGAACCAACAAGGUGGUAUGGGACGUGACGUAGCUUUGGGCAAGACAGUGAGAAUUCGGGCUGCUGGUUACAAAGGCCAACUUGGUAUUGUUCGAGAUGUGAAUGGCGAUAAGGCUACCAUUGAACUGCAUUCCAAGAGCAAGCAUAUCACAAUCGAUAAGAGAAAGCUUAUGUACUACAACAAGGAGGGUGGUGAAGGUAUAACAUAUGAUGAACUGGUGAACAGACGUGGUAGAACUCCAAAUGCCAGAAUUGGGCCCAGUUACGUCAGUGCCCCCCGCAACAUGGCCACUGGAGGUAUGCCUGUUGGCGCAGCAGCUUCAAAUCCAUCCGCACUAUCUGGCGGUAUGACGCCUGGAUGGAAUUCCUUCGAUGGUGGUAAAACACCUGCUGUAAACUCACACGGAAACGGCGGUGCCUCUGCAUGGGGAGGCGCCUCGACGUGGGGUGGACAAGGCGGUGCAUCCACUUGGGGUGGCCAAGGAGGUGCUUCAGCGUGGGGUGGUCAAGGAACUGGUGCAACCUCUACAUGGGGUGGAGCGUCCGCCUGGGGCAAUAAGUCUAGCUGGGGCGGAGCUUCGACUUGGGCCUCGAAUGGCGACACUGGCGCUGCUUCCGCGUGGGGAGGCGGCGACAAAUCUAGCUAUGGCGGUGAUGCGUCUGCAUGGGGUAACAAAGAAGGAGGAGCCUCUGCAUGGGGUGGUGCCAAGAACCGCGAUGGUCGCAAAGAUGGAGGCAAUUCGACGUGGGGCAACGACCAAGGUAGCAGAUCUGCUUGGGGUGACUCAGGAAGCAGAUCCUCAUACGGUGGCAAUAGCACCUGGGGUGCUCGUUAG